AUGCCAACCAGAGAAAAUGUCGAUUUCAAGAAAGAAGCAAUAAAAGAAGAAAAAUGUGACAUUAAACACGGCAUAAAAUCAGAAUGUAAAGUUGUUUUGAAAAGAUUGGAUUUUAAAGUAAAAACUGAGGAUUGUAAACAAGUUUAUCUUCCAGAUAAAUAUGAAGAUUUAAAGCCUGUCAAGAAUGAAUUCUCUAUUCCCGACGAAUACUUUAACAGGAAUGAAAUGAAUAUCCAAAUUAAUGAGGAAGAGCUAAGUCAGGAAUAUCAUAUUCUCUCCAAUACAAAAAAAGGAAUGCAUAAAAAAUAUGAUAUCGAGAAGAGGAAAUUCAUUCGUUCGGUUCGAAAAUGCAAUAAAAUCCAAGCAAAGAUUAAAAGUAAAUAUUUCAGGGUUAUGAUUAGAUCUCAUUGUAAACAAAAAUUCUCAUGUGAUUUAUGUAAACGAAAUUUUCUAAAUAAGGGAAUAUUACAAGCACAUCUGUUCUUCCAUAUUGGUAGAAAACGAUUUCAAUGCAACGCCUGCAAUCAGAAGUUUAUGUGGCAAUUUCUUUUGCGAAAACACGUGAAAGAACACAACAGUAAAAAUCACGUGAAGUCAUCUCAAUGUGACAUUUAUGAUAAGCGACUUACCUCAAAGUAUCAUUUACAGAGACACAACAUAACACACAAAUUAGUAUCUAAUUAUUGUAAGUUAUGCAAAAAAGAAUUUCAAAAUAAAUCCAGUUUGAAAUUACACAGAAAAAGACACGGAGAAAUCCAACCUUUCAAAUGCGAUAUUUGUAGUAAGAGUUUUAAAUACAAAUCGUCUUUAAACAGACAUUUAAACAUUCAUAGCGAAUGUAAUUAUUUUUGUGACAUAUGUAACAAAUCCUUUAAAACUAAACGUUAUUUGGAACGUCAUAAAGUCGUUCAUAGAAAUGACUUUAACCAUUCUUGUCAGAUUUGUAAGAAAAGUUUUAAAUCACAAGAGCAUUUAAGAGAACAUAUUGUUAUACAUAGAAAUAAAAACAAGUAUCCUUGCAAUAUAUGUAACAAAAAUUUUAAAACAAAACGAUAUUUGAGACGUCAUAAAAUCAUUCAUAACAUUGGAAAUAAUUAUUUCUGUGACAUAUGUAAAACGGGUUUUAAACAUAGAAGUACUUUUCAAAGACAUCGCCUUGUUCAGCACGAAAAUAUAUUUUUAUGCGUAUAUUGUACUAAACCAUUCGAAAGUAAAAACAUGCUAAAAGCACAUUCGAAAACUCACAUAGAAAAGUGCGAUAUCUGUAAAAAGAAAUUUGCAUGUAAAUCCCAUUUAAUCCGUCAUCAGAGAAUUCAUUUUGAUAUAAAACCGUUUCGUUGUGAGAUAUGUAGCAAAAGUUUUACAACUAAAUUUGGAUUAAAACAUCACGAAACUAUUCAUAAUAAAGACAAUUGUCCUUAUGUUUGUCAGAUAUGCAAGAAAGAUUUCCGUUCUAAAAGAAGUUUCUUGAAGCAUCAGUCUGUUCAUGUAAAACGACCACAUCCUUGCAUUAAUUGUAAAAAGAGUUUCGAAACUGAAAAUAAAUUGAAAUUGCACUUACAAUUUUCUUGCUCAAAAAUACACCCCAAACCUCUACCUUACCAAUGUAAUAUAUGUAAACAGAUUUUUUCGUGUAUUACUGAUUUGGAAAAGCAUCUAGUUAGUUACAAUUAUCAGACACAUUUCCGUUGUGACAUUUGUAGAAGGAAAUUUUCAAGAAAACUCGAAUUCCAGACUCAUCAGAAGAAGGCUCAUCCCACAGAAGGAAAAUAUCAAUGCAAAAUUUGCGAAAGAACGUUUAAAAAACAACAUUGUUUAGAUAUUCAUAUGCGUACAAAUAUUGAUUUAACCGUUAAAAAAUGUGAUGAUUGUGAUAAAAAGUUCUGUUCAUUUAAUGCCUUAAAACUUCACGUGCGAAAUCAUCUUUUGUAGUAGAGUUUCUCACGUGAAAUGCGUUGAAACAAUUUAAAUAAUUAUAAUAUUUUGUUUAUAUUAAUACAGUAAAUAUAUUUACUUAUAAAAUAUGUAGAAAUCUUAAAAAAUAAACCUUAAAAAUUAUAGUUUUAUGUCUAUCAUUUCGUUUAUAAUAACUACAUUUAAAG